UUUAUUUAGGUUAUCUAAACAAUAUGCAAGUUUAGUGGUAAACGACAUUCCAUAUAAAUAGGAUGAUUUCAUGAUGAUCAACACAAUCUUAAUGUCCCACAAACAAUGCCAAUUUCUUUGGAACAUCACAAAUUGCAUACAUCAUCUCAAACCAACACAUGCAUUCCAACUUUUGUGGAAUGAAAACAUAAAUUAAAAAAAAAAAAACAAUCAAUGAUUCUUUCUUCAUGUCCUAUGAUCCCCUUCACGCCUUAAUUGUCCAAUUUUCAUCACUUGAAUCAACAAGGCUCGACGAAUGGCGUCAAAAGCGGCCACGAAGGACAAAAAGACAUCUUCGUCGACACCAACACGAAAAGCCGCAACUACAACUACUGCCCAACCAAAGAAACAGGCCACGACGAAUCCUGUUUCGACAGAAAAGACAACCUUGUCCCCCUCGAAUGAAACCAAAAAAGUUGCAUCAAACACUGACUCUUCCAACCAAACCACCAAAAAACAACCACCAUCUCCCGCUCGAGCGCGUACGCCUAGCUUACGCAGUCCUUCUCCUAAUCUUAAAGCCGGUAUACGUAGUCCUUCUCCGAAUCCUAAAGCUAGUAUACGUAGUCCUUCUCCGAAUCUUAAAGCUAGUAUACGUAGUCCUUCACCGAAUCUUAAAGCCAGCAUACGUAGUCCUUCUCCUAAUCCUAAAGCUAGUAUACGCAGUCCUUCUCCGAAUCCUAAAGCUAGUAUACGCAGUCCUUCACCGAAUCCUAAAGAUAAAUUACGCAGCCCGUCUCCGAAUAUCAAAGAAAUCAACACAAAAACCCUAUCAUUGAAAACGCCUCAUUUGACGCCAAAAUCUAAAGAAAUUGUGAAAUCUCCACCACUUCCUAAACCAGGAACUAAAAGAAGCCCAACAAGUGGUAAGAAGGACAGCAUUGGAAGUACUAAAAAGCUAACCAAACAACCAACAAAACUAGCUCCAAAAUUAAAACCAAAAGAUCAUGAUCAAGUUUCUGAAAAGAGUCAAAAUGAAGAUGAGAGUGAUCUAGAGAUUGAUCAAGAUGGUGUAGAAACCGAUUCUAAGCAGUCUCCGGCAGCUACCGAUCAAGAAGAUGAAUUAGAAUCAGAAGCAGAACCAGAAUCAGAGAAGAAAGUUGAAGCCGAGCAUAAGCCUGGGCUGGAUCAAGAUUCAGAGCCGAAUCUAGAUGUGGACCACAAGCUAGAGCCAGAACAAGACUUCGAGCCGAAACCAGAAGUGGAGUAUGAGCCAGAGCCAGAACUAGAGCCUGAGCCCAAUGUGGUGGAAAAACUAGAGUUAAAACCGGAGCCAGAAUCAGAGCCGGAAACUGAAGGCGAACAUAAGCCACAGUUGGAUCAAGAUUCGGAUUCGAAUCUUGAUGUGGAGCAUGAGUCAGAACCGGAACAAGAAGUGGAGGAAAAGCAAAAGCCGGAAUUAGAAGCAAAAGCAGAACUAGAACUAGAACCAGAACCAGUGUAUAAGCCGGAGCCAAAGAUGGAAGAGGCGAAGCUCGAAAUGGAACAUAAGCAAGAGAUGGAACUGGAUUUAGAUUCAAAGCACGAAAUGAAGUAUAAGCCCGAGCCAGAGUUGGAGCCGGAACCAAAGCCUAAGCCCAAAGUGGAGCAUAAGCCAGAGCCGAAGUUAGAGCCCGAAAUGAACAAGAUACCAGAGCCCAAACAACAGCCCAAGAUUGCUCUUAUUGCUAGUCGCUUCUUGGAGCCCAAUGUAGCCCAAGAAGAUCAACAACCAAUAAGGAAAGAAGCAAUAGUGGAAUCUAAAAAAGUGGAAGAAAAGAAAAAGGAAGAAAAUGGAGGGGUGGCAAGGGGCAGAGAUGUGGUGGCCAUAAAUAGCCAUGUUGGGGUUGGUCUCGACAAGAAGGAUAAUACGGCGUACAAUAAUGUGAUAGAGGAGACGGUAAUUAGGCUUCGUGAACAAAGAAAGAAUAAGGUGAGCGCGUUGGUUGGGGCAUUCGAAACCGUGAUUUCUUUGGAAUCAGAAUGCAACACCCCACCCUAAUGUGACUGACUGAUGUAUACAAAAUUUAGCAGCAGAUGUACUUUUAUCGAAAAUGGAUUGUGUUCAUACUUACAAGAGAAAUACUAUUCAAGUGUAAAAUGGAUAAGUACAAGAGAACUUAGAAUUAAGUAGUC